GCUGUUCCUGGACCCUCGCUUGCUGCGAUGACAGCGACCCUCUUGGAACCGCCGCUGCUCAGUGCUUGGAUAAUUUGAAAGUACAGUAGUUGGUUUCCCUGUCCACCAGCCCCGCUUCGUUUGCCAUCACAUCACGCCUGUCGGAUCUGAGUGGAGAUUGUCCCUCUCUAUAUAUUAUAUAUAUAUAUAUACGCCUAUCACCUACAUAUAAUUUUAAAACAUUAAAUACAAUUAACAAUCAAAAGAUAAGGAGAAAAGGAAAGGAAACAUUACUGGGUUACUAUGCACUUGCGACUGAUAUCUUGGUUUUUUAUCAUUUUGAACUUUAUGGAAUACAUCGGCAGCCAAAACGCCUCCCGGGGAAGGCGCCAGCGAAGAAUGCAUCCUAACGUCAGUCAAGGCUGCCAAGGAGGCUGUGCAACGUGCUCAGAUUACAAUGGAUGUUUGUCAUGUAAGCCCAGACUAUUUUUUGUUCUGGAAAGAAUUGGCAUGAAACAGAUUGGAGUGUGUCUCUCUUCAUGCCCAAGUGGAUAUUAUGGAACUCGAUAUCCAGAUAUAAAUAAGUGUACAAAAUGCAAAGCGGACUGUGAUACCUGUUUCAACAAAAAUUUCUGCACAAAGUGUAAAAGUGGAUUUUACUUACACCUUGGAAAGUGCCUUGAUAAUUGCCCAGAAGGGUUGGAAUCCAACAACCACACCAUGGAGUGCGUCAGUAUUGUGCACUGUGAAGCCAGUGCAUGGAGUUCUUGGAGUCCGUGCAUGAAGAAAGGAAAAACAUGUGGCUUCAAAAGAGGGACUGAGACACGAGUCCGAGAAAUAACACAGCAUCCUUCAGCGAAGGGUAACUUGUGUCCACCCACCAAUGAGACAAGAAAGUGUACAGUGCCAAGAAAGAAGUGUCAAAAGGGAGAAAGAGGAAAAAAAGGAAGGGAGCGAAAAAGAAAAAAACUUAAUAAAGAAGAAAGUAAGGACGCAGUACCUGACAACAAAGGUCUGGAACCCAGCAGAGAAACCCCAGAACAACGAGAAAACAAAGACAAACAGCAGCAGAAGAAGCGAAAAGUCCAAGAUAAACAACAGAAAUCGGUAUCAGUCAGCACUGUACACUAGAGGGUUCCAUGAGAUUGUAAACUCAUGAUGCUGCUAUCUCAACCAAAUGCCCAGGGCAGAUACUCUAGCCAUUAGGAUCACAAAUGGAUGUUAUCAGUUACUGCUCAAUCUAAACAACAUUCCAAAUAGUUGCUAUAUUCUUCAUACAAGCAUAGUUAACAACAAAGAGCCAAAAGUUCAAAGAAGGGAUACUUUCGAGUGAUUAUCUUAUAUGUUUUCAUGCAUUGUUAAGAGACAAGAAAUUUUGUACAUAAUUAUCAAUAGGCUACGUGAUGUAACAACAUAAUGAUAACAUCUGGAGAAGCAACAUCUUUUCCCUAUAAAAAUAUUUUUCAAGCUAUUGUAAGAAAGAAGAGAAAAUAAAUGAGGUAGUAUCCCUUUAAAAUGACUAAGAGACCAGGGGAGAGAAACGUCUUUCAAAGGACAGUGUUGUUUUGUCCAGGAGAUCAGAGAUCUAGAGAGUGCUCAGAAUUAGGGCCUGGCAUUUGGAAUCAUAGAAUUUAUCAUUACAGGAACAACUUUUUUUAGAUUGGUUCUAUUGCCUUCAUCCUGUACUUCUGAAAGAAAUGCAAGAAUGUGUUCCAGAGUUGAAUAUACUGUAUGGGAUUAGAGAAAGGCAAAAUGUGGAAGAAACCAUAGAGUUGGUUUUACAAAACUAAAGGGUUGUGAUUACUUGGAACAGGGCUCCAAUCUGUGUCAGCAGUAUGUGGCUCAGCCUCCGCUACCCAUUGGGUUAUACAUCUGUAAGUAUGUACCAGUAACUUGUCCAAAGACAAAAAUCAUACUUAUUAGAAGAAAGUUACAAUUUCAUAAACAACAAAAAUUAGAGCAAAGAGAGUACAACAUGUUUGCAAAGUCAUGUGUUUUCUUUCUUUCUCAAUAAAGGAAAAAUAAUUUUAUCACCUGCUUAAUGAUCCACCAGGAACUAAAAGAGAUCCUAUUUUCUAACAAGGUGUAUCUAGUAGGGGGAAAGCCACCACAAUAAAUAUAUUUGUUGAUAGUUUUUAAAGUUCUGUUCACUUUGCCUUAUUGUGUUUUGUUUUUAAUUUGAAAACUUGUUAUUCUUAUUUAAGAGAUUUAUGAAUUAACGAAAGAAAAU